AUGAAUGGCGCCUGCUCGCAGCCUCCUCCGCGUAUUGUCAGAAAGUAUUCCAGCAUCUUCCAACGUCGUUCUUGUGUAGCCCGGGUUAUCCCGCCUGUCGCGUUCGCCAGGCUUCAUCAGGCCCGCAGAAUCUUGCAGACGUCGCCCCUGUCCGGUUUCCGUGGCACUUGCGGCAUCUCGGGUCUGCGCAGUGCCCUUCCGCCAUUGCUGGGCCGACUCCGCCACACACAGAGCCGAAUCAAAGCUGCAUGCAACGAGUUGGCGCAGCAAAAAGCUGGGUCUUGUGUCUGGAAUGGUCGCAAAGCCGUCGGGAAUGCGCUAGAGCAAAGACCUCUUGCGAUUCCCGAGGUCCGUUCUGUUUACUUUAGUUGCCCUUUGGCCGCGGUUUCGGUCGUCGUUCUCGCCGCUGUGAUCCCCUGCUAUGCUGGAACUCCUGCGCCCACACGGACCCCCAAAGAGUGCUCGGCCCCUUCAUAUUCAAUCUCCCCUCAGGAGAGUGCUGGAUCAGCUCGUUCGCCUAAGAUGAAGAGCCUCAUUGCCACCGUGCCCUUCCUGUCCGGCCUCGCCGUUGCGCUGGCCUUCCUCAUCAACUGGACGAGCGCAUAUGAGCGUGGUUCUGCCGGGUUUGCUCUCCAGAAGCGUUUUGUCAACUCGACCGAGCUUGACGCAUGCAAGUCCAUCUCAAGCGCCAUGACCACCCAGGGCAGCAAAGUUGUCUACGCACUCGACCUCUCCUACCUUGGCUUGGUCAAGCACUUCAUGACGUCUUCGACGCAGCUGCCAGCCUGCGUGGCCGUGCCUGCCUCUCCGGCCGACCUGUCGGCAGCGAUCAAGGUGAUCGGCAGCAAACGCAUCCGCUUCGCCGUCGAAGCUGCCGGUCACGCCUCGAACCAAGGCUUCUCCUCGACACCUGGCGUGCACAUCAACCUCCAGAACUUCCAGCAGGUCAAUCUGAGCGGUGACAAGAGCUACGUCGAUGUCGGCCCCGGCAACGUGUGGGACAACGUCUACUCUGGCCUCGAAGCCGCUGGCGUUGCUGUCGUCGGUGGUCGUGUCUCGGGCGUCGGUGUCGGCGGCUUCAUCACCGGCGGCGGCGGAUACAGCUGGAAGACCAACCAGUACGGUCUCACUGGUGACACACUCAUCUCGGCAGACAUUGUGCUUCCUGACGGCACCCUGACCACGGCAUCGGCCUCGCAGAACGCCGACCUCUUCUGGGCCAUCAGGGGCGGCGGAAACAGGUUUGGCAUCAUCCACAACUUCCGUCUCAAGACGGUCCCCCAGGGUCAGGUCUACGGCGGUCUGCGUGUCUACACCGCCGACCAACUGGAUGAGCUCGUCAAUGCAACCCUUGUCUUCUCCGAGACGAGCAAGGAUCCCAAGGCCCAAAUCCUGCCCACCUUCAACUUUUUGCUUGGACAGCCCGGCGCGAUCAAUCUCGCCUUCUACGAUGGCCCAACUCCGCCUGCAGGUACAUUCGAUGCCUUCAGCCCCUCCAACGUUCGUCCUCUCGUCGACGAUUGGAAGACGCGCUCGUUGCUCGACCUCGUCAAGAGCGCACCUUCUGAUAUCCAGGGCGGUCAACGUGGCGCUUUCCACACCGUCUCGCUGGAGAAGUACAGCAAGCCUCUGCUGGACCUGAUCGUCAGCGAGCUCAAGUACUACGGCGCGCAGACCUUCCUGCACAGCGGUACCUUCGUUUCGUACGACGUUGAGCCUUUCCUUCCCUACUCGCAAUACGCCAAGGACGCCGCCUGGCCGCACAGCACGAAUGCACUCCCCCUCAACCUCUACUUCGCCUGGACCAACCCGGCCGAGGACGCGUUCUGGGCCAAGGCCAUCAAGACCUCCGCUGACAAGAUCGCCGCGCAGGCACGCAGCGAGGGCCAGAACCUCGACAACCUCUACCUAUACCCCAACUACGCCGUCACUGGCACUCCUUCCUCGCAGCUGUACGGCCCCAACCUUGGCCGCCUCUCGCAGCUCAGGAAGCAGUACGACCCGCAAGACGUCAUGGGCCUCACGACCUACUUCCCCUUCUAA